CUCAAUCAGUUUAAUCAGUCUUGCGUUUUCGGUCGUGAGAUAAACAUCUCCGAAUCUCGUAUGGUUUGUAACUAUCGGAGUGAAAGUGAUCAGUAAUUGAUCGAUAAAAAAGGUGCCAAAUCGUAAGAUUAUUUACUCAGAUCAGACGCUGAACUCGAUAAAACAUCAGUGAAGUUUCGGUACAAACAAAGUAUAAGGUAAACACAUAAAAACUAGAGGUGCGGCGCAAUGUUUCGCUCGUGAGUCAAUGUGAUUGUUUAUUAAUAGAUCGCGAAGGAAAAGGAUUACACUGAUGUUUAUGCGAAUUUUGUGAGUGAUUUUCGUGGAACAAAUCGUGAACUUCUGUUUGCAGAAUAGUGUGUCGCGGAUCGUCUGUGAAUUCGGACGUGUGGCGCGCUAGUUCGAUAUCGCCUUUCGUUUGCCUUGUAGUGGCCUCACCAGAUGUUCUCUGUUUACAAGCUAGUGAUAAGGGGUUUAUAAGUGCCAAUUUGAAAGCGUAGCUGAUUCAUUGUUUGAGUUCGAUAAACGUCGGUAUACCUUUGUAACUGUGCCAAGCGUCCUUGAGUGUGGACUUCGGUCAAAAAAUUGCAGUUGUAAUAAAUUUACGCGUGAAGAAAUCCAAUAAGCAUCCCGUGUUCAGUCGCGUGUUUCGUCUUGCGCCUCGGUCGUUUCGUCGCCGUCGGUAUUCUCGUACCCGUCAAGAGCCAGUAGUCCUUCGCGCUACCUUGUACGGUCGUAAAGCAUCAGAAGAAUGUCGUUUUACAACGAAAACUACAGCUAUCCUCGCAACUGGAAUGCCAAUGGGUUCGGUUGGGUCAAUCCGGCGGCCUUCAAUCAACCGUCCUACCCGACGCAAAUGCCAAUCCCGGAGUCGUCCGGUUAUUCCAGUUUGAAUCCUUCGAUAUCCGGGCACUCGUUGUCGUACGGAUUCGCUCCGGGGGUUGUGCAACCGCCGUCUACUCCCGGAGGAUACCCUCCAAUGCCUGCGGCAUCGAGUUUGCCCUAUCCGACGAUGGGAUUCGGCGGGUAUGGUGGGGGUUCAGGGGGAAUGCCGAUGCCAAUGCCCGAUAGUGGCUUCAAUGCUCCUCAGAUGCCACCGAUGCCGAUGCCAAUGCCGGGUGGUUUCGAACCUUCUGCGGACGAUCCGGCGACCGUGAAGGAGAUGCCGUUCCAGUCGGUUGCAGUGCCAAUUGCCGAGGGAAUGUUCAGCAGCCUCGGUGAAAAGGGCAGCGGGUUCCGAACGCGUACCGAUGUCCAGGAUUACUACGUCCUCCGCAGCCAGUGCCUUGAAAGUGGAUCCCUGUUUGAGGACCCGGAGUUCCAGGCCGUUUCCUCAUCGUUGAUGUUCUCACGUCGUCCGGAUCGGCACUACGAAUGGCUCCGUCCGCACGAAAUCUGCGAGAAUCCGGAGUUCUUCGUUGAAGGAUUCUCCCGGUUCGACGUGCAGCAGGGUGAACUGGGCGAUUGUUGGCUGUUAGCCGCUUGUGCCAACUUGACUCAAGACCAGAAGAUGUUCCUGAGGGUGGUCCCGGAAGACAAUAGCUUCGAGGACGAUUAUGCCGGAAUCUUCCACUUCCGCUUCUGGCAGUAUGGAAGAUGGGUCGAUGUGGUCAUAGAUGAUCGAUUGCCCACCUACCGUGGGGAGCUGAUCUACAUGAGAUCCUCGGAAAAGAAUGAAUUCUGGAGUGCUCUGUUGGAGAAGGCAUACGCUAAGCUGCACGGAUCGUACGAAGCGCUAAAGGGUGGCACCACUUGCGAAGCCAUGGAGGACUUCACCGGGGGUGUGACUGAAAUGUACGACCUCAAGGAUCAAACGCCGCCGAAUCUGUUUGCCAUCAUUGAGAAAGGGUUCCAGAGGAAUUCGAUGUUUGCCUGCAGUAUUGAGCCUGAUCCCCACGUGACGGAAGCGGAAACCCGUGAAGGUCUCAUCCGAGGUCAUGCCUACUCGAUCACUAAAAUCCAGCUGGUGGAUAUCGUAACGCCGGGCACGUCGGGCAAGAUACCGCUGAUCCGUCUGCGCAAUCCAUGGGGUAACGAAGCCGAAUGGAACGGAGCGUGGAGCGACCAGUCGGCGGAAUGGCGAUACAUUCCCGACGAGCAGAAGGAAGAACUUGGCCUCAACUUCGAUUGCGAUGGGGAAUUUUGGAUGUCAUACCGAGACUUCACCCGGUACUUCGACCGCAUUGAGAUCUGUAACUUGAGUCCGGACUCGCUCAGUGAAGAACAGGUCAACCGGGGUAAGCUCCGAUGGGAAAUGUCCACCUUUGAGGGUGAAUGGGCCAUCGGCAGUACGGCUGGAGGUUGCCGUAACUAUCUCCAAACGUUCUGGCAUAACCCGCAGUACGUAGUCCACCUGGAUGAUCCCGAUGAGGACGAUGACGAAGGCAAAUGUACGGUCAUCAUUGCGUUGAUGCAGAAGAAUCGUCGAUCUCGCCGAAACAUGGGCGUGGAUUGUUUGACGAUCGGAUUUGCUGUGUAUCGAGUGACUGAACGCGACUUGGCACAGAAACCGCUGAAGAUGAACUUCUUCAAGUACAAUGCUUCGGUGGCGCGUUCGCCGGCGUUUAUCAAUCUGCGUGAAGUGAGUUGUCGGUUCAAGUUGCCCCCGGGCGAGUAUUUGAUCGUGCCGUCCACGUUUGAGCCGAACGAGGAAGGUGAAUUCCUAAUCCGAGUGUUCUCCGAGUGCAAGAACAGUAUGGAGGAGAACGACGAAGAAGUCGGAGUAGGGGAAAUUGAUGAUCGGGUCGAUCCCGAAGAUAUCAAUCGUGGUGGUGGUAGAUAUAUUGCCCCAGACGUCCCAGUCCCGUCGCAACCGUCUCCCGCGCGCCAGGCCAUGGAACGUCUCUUCCUGGACGUGGCCGGCGCCGAUGGGGAGGUUGACUGGGUCGAACUGAAGCGCAUCCUGGAUCAUUCGUUCCGUGAUGAUCUGCCCAAGUCGUCGUCGGUGAAUGGGUUGAACAAGUCGUACGCCAAUCAGCAGAAUGCGGCCAACUACGACGGUGGCGGCGGGGAGGACGCCGGCGGUGGACUUUUGGCCCAACUGUGUGGUCUCUUCUGCAAGGAUACGCCGUUUGCGGAAGCCUUCGGGGUGACGUCCGGAGGGGGCGGUGGAGCGGACGGAAAUGCCAGCGCCAACCUGCAGAAUCAAAUCGUUCCCAUUCAGCACGUGGAUCAAGGUAGCUCCGGGUUUUCGAAGGACGUCUGCCGCUCCAUGGUUGCCAUGCUGGACACCGAUCAGUCCGGCAAGCUCGGCUUCGAGGAGUUCCAAAGCCUGCUGACCGACAUCUCCAAGUGGAAGGCGGUCUUCAAGCUGUACGACCAGGACCAAACCGGACGGCUGAGUGCGUUUGAACUGCGGGAAGCCUUACAUUCGGCCGGCUACCAUCUGAACAAUCGGAUCCUGAACGGGCUGGUUCACCGGUACGGUUCCCGGGAUGGAUCGAUUGCGUUCGAUGAUUUCAUCAUGUGUGCCGUCAAAAUCAAAACCAUGAUCGACAUCUUCCGCGAGAGGGAUACCGAAGGCACCAACAUGGCCACGUUCAGCAUGGACGAAUGGGUGGAGAAAACGCUCUAUUCGUAAAAUAAAAUGGUCUUCAAAUCACAAGCGCCACAAAUAAUCUCCCGUUUAUUGACGUUAUGCAAUGACAAAAUCUAAUUGUUGGUUAAAAAACUUAUCAAUUAUAAUCGAACCGCCCCAUGCUCGAAUAGAUUUACAGAAGAAGCAAAGGCAACUUGCAUUUUAAUUCGCCUACAAAAGUAUGGAAACAAAACCACGAAUGAACAAAUUAAGAAGCAUCUACAAACUUUUACCCCUACUUUUAUGUUACGUUGUUAUAUUUAUCACUUUUUACAUCAAAACCAGUUUUAAACGUGUAAUUUAUGCAUAUUUAAUUGUAAAUAAGAAGCAUAUAGUGACUGGAACUCUCCAUGGUUGCUUAACGAAACAAAAAUGCGCAGAACUCGUAAACUUACGUCGAUGUAUAACAUCGACUGCAACUUGCCCCAUUAGCAAUGGGCUGAAACGUCCAGAUCUGACAAUGCAAUUGAAGCAUCGAAAAUUGAAUGCCCGAAGUGGCUGUCAUGUUGAAAUUUUAUCUCAAAUUUAAAUGUUUGAACGAAUAAAUCAGUAAAUUGGUGCCUACA